CCAUGAUCACUCAGAGUCGAUGUAGGUGGUGUCUAUGAGCUUUGUGAAAGUCGUUUAUGUAGCUCUAUGUGGCCUGUAUGUGUGCACUCUAUUAGUCAUGUAACAGACCUUCAUCGAUUUAGAGAUUAUUUUCUUUGUUCUUUUCUUCGCAUGAGCGUGCUUGUAAAUUACCCUUUAUUUCUUCGCUGAAAUGAAUAAUGGCUCCACACGACGAGGAUAAGACGCUGUCGCAGGCCGCUCUCGAUGUAAAGAUGGAAGAUGUAACGUCAACAUCUCGACCAAACGCCACAAUGGCAAAUGAUAGUGAUACCGCUGCACCAACGACACUGAUUCGUAGUGCAUCAACGACAACGACACGAAGUGAUGCGAGGACUUCUAGUACCUGCGUCGAGCAGCAGGCGACCUUGACAGCGCGAGAACUUUAUGGAGGCGCGAUUUCGUGUAGUGUUUUUGCAUCGUUCGAUGAUGUGAGCUGCGUACGGCAAAUUCCUGACAACCAAGAGGUGUUCGUGGACCGCGUUGAAGGCGCCGACUCGCUCAUCGUGGAGCUCCUAGAUAUGGCACCGGUCGAAUUGAAUCCCCGUGAACGUGUCGGAGGUGGACAAGCAACAUUGUCGUGGUCCGACUCGGCGUUUCGAAUUGGCGAAUUUCAUCUCUCGGAUCUCAUUGCGGCAGCCAGCGGAGGUCCAGAAUCUCACCAAAGAACUCAAGCUGAGCGAGUUUUCGUGUGGGGCAACGGCGAAGCGCGAGGAGAAGGCGUCUCCACUGAAACGUCGAAGGGUGAGCAGCCAUCAUCACUUGUGAGUACGACUUAUCCUUUUCCUUCGUUAGAACAAGAAGGGCGUAGGUCGGACUGCUGUGCGGUGAUCCUUUCUCGCCAAGAAAACGUCGAAAAACAUAUCACAAGGCCGCAUUCUGCUACUGGCAGCACAGGAAAAGGAGAGGGCCAGUCUUUAAGAGGUAGUACGAAGGAGAAAAAUGUGGAGGAUGUGUGGACCCUCUUGGCCUGUGUUCGGUACGAAGCCUUCCGGACAGAUGUCUUACUGUCGUUGAACUGCAGUGUGAGAAGGACUGAUGAGAGGGGCGCCUCAAACGCUGAUAUGUUGAUAGAACAGGCAGUCGAAGGCCAGCAGCUGCACGACGCUAGUAACAUUGUAGACCAAGAGCAUGCUUCUGAAACCGCCCCUGCCUCUCCCACGCAGUUCGAGACGGGUCUGUUGAAAGCAGCGGGGAAACUAGGUGCGCCACCGUCUGUUCUCAGUCGUCUACGCAGGUACGCGUCGGGAUUUGAGAAAAUGCUGGGGUCUUUCAGUAUACGUGACGAGUCCCUCUUUAUCAUGUGAGCAGAACCAUCAUCGACCAAAUUCAACUCCCUCCUCAGUAGGAAGAAGUGUACUCUUCUUGACACAAGACGAACCCACGACUCAAUUAGUAGACGUAUAACCGAUUUCUGACUACGACUCUUUCAUGCGAAGCCCAUUCCCUAACUAGAUGACUACCUGUAGAGCAGGAUAAUAAGGAACAUGCGAGUUUGGUUUUAUGUAAAGUGUUUAUUUUUCGUCGUGGAGGGUAUUCUACAACGCCAAGCAAAUGUGGGCUUACCCAGCCAUUGGUCUAGUAUUGGUAGCAGAAUUCCACUUAUGCUUACAACACGACAAUCAAUGUGAUCUGUAAAGGAAGAACGUAUCGGUAUAAGAG